GCCUGCAGAGUGCUCACCCACGUGACUCAUUCACACUCUGUGGGUAUAUGAGCCCGCAACCACUUUGUCUCCUGCCGCUUUGUGAACAUGUCGUCCCUGCUUGUCCUUUUGAGCCUGUCCAUCGCCCUGCCCGCCUCGGUGCUUGGACAUGGCUUCAAGACGGGUGCUUGCCCCUCAGUGGAUGCCAUGCAACAAUUCGACCCGCGAAGGUUUCUUGGCGUGUGGUACGUCAUUCAGAAGACAUCGACAACGAGCAACUGCUUGAAGCUGAAUAUCACGCAAGCAGGUAGCGAUUAUAAGGUCCGCGAGUACGCAAGGACGUAUGCGCUGGCUGCAGUUGGCCUGGACCAUACGACCAUUUACGAUGGCACGCUGACCAUUCCUGACCAGACUCGGCCAUCGCAGAUGAUGCUCAGCUUCCGAUUCGGUGUCCUGGGUCGAAUGCCCAUCACUGUAGUUGAUACAGAUUACAGUACGUACGCCCUGACGUGGUCCUGCAAGCGAAUCCUCUUCGGCCACGUCCACGACGCUCAAAUUCUGAGCCGAACGCCCACGCUGCCUAACAACGUGCUGGACAAGAUGCGCCGGAAGAUCGAAAGCUUCGGGAUUGACAGCCACGGAUUAAGCUUCGUCGACCAGUCCAAGUGCACGGGAAUGCUCAGUAGCAAAGCGGAUAACGACGGUAUAUUUUCGAUCGGGCCAAUUCACAUCAACCGGGGUGGAUCGCAACCUUGAUUACCUCUCAUACAACACUCGCAUUGCUCUGAUAAAGAUGUGACAUGUUGGAUAUGUACCUCUCCGCACAUUCAUCGUCAUUGUUUCCGUGCCAUGCGCCACGCACAGAAGAAAUAAAAUGUGUCAUACAUGUGC